UAUUGAUUACAAAAGCUAGGAACACAGUUCGAUAACUUUUGUUUUGAAACAUUUAUUCCAUGAACAUACAUUCCAAGGUUUAUCACCAGAAUUUUCCAUCCUUGCCCUUCCACGCCGUGUGUUGUUUUUCUUAUGUUUACAACUGACACAUGUCAAAGAGGGUAUGUGUCAUCCUGAUUGUCAUUAACAAAAUCAGACAACUAUUUGCACCGAGUGGUUAGUUUUUGAGAAACAAGAUAAGACUGUGUUGUGAUAUAGGAUAAAACAUUGUUUAUGAUGGAUGAACCAGCAGAGGAAUGCAUGCAACUCUUUAUCCAAGAUGGUGUUCUCUUGAAGGAGACACAAACCUAUUAUAUGUCCUACAUGAAUCAGACUGGCUCUUUGUACAUCACGGAAUAUUUGAAUUCAAACACAAGCAGAUACAUUGAAUGGAAACCCAAUGAUACAGACACUAUUGAUUCAGAUUUCCAUGACCAAGAGUGGGCUGUAGUGGAAACAAUAAAGAAUCACUCCAGCUCAAGCAUGAAGUCCAAAUCAAAAUACAUCAAAAUAAAUCUGAGAGAAAUACACACAUUUAAAGUGUCAAAAAAGAAUGAUAGAUUACAACUUUCCUCUGGAUCUGGAGAUACAAUAUGCAGUUUUUUCUUUCAACAUGGCAACUGUUCAGCUUUGCUUUCACUUCUGAGACAGCUGAUAGAGACAAUGCCAACAAAAAGGGAUAAAUUAAAAUUUAUCUGCCUAAGUGAUGACAGAGGUGCUGCGCGGCAAUUGGAUCGAUCUUUUGCUGAAUUAGAUCUGUUUACUGACUCACCAAAAUUUACAUGGUGGAAUUUGGUAUCCAAUAUACAACCCUAUGAGACAACAUUUCAAGCAUUCAGUAAAAUUGCAGACAUUGUUACUGCCGGUCCAAAUGAUCGUCCAAUGGACGAACAAACACAAGAUAUCUUGAAUCGAAGUUUAACAGAGUUAGAAAGUUCACAUGCUCCGCCACCGGAAGAGUACGAAGUUGUGCAACCGGAACUACCUUCACGAAAGGACUACCCUCGAGGAGGACCACUAACGGCGGAGCAAUGGAAAAGUUUGCAAGAUAACGAAGGUCGCGUCGAAGAUAUCGAAUUCACCAAAUUGCAUAUAUUCCGUGGCGGUGUGCAUACGUCGAUAAGAGGCGAGUUGUGGAAGUACUUGCUCGAAUAUUACCCGUGGAAUAGUACACAUGAGCUCAGAAAACAAAUACAAAAACAAAAGAAAGAAGAGUAUUACGGAAUGAAAUUGCAGUGGAAAACCAUCACAAAGUCGCAGGAAGAAAACUUUGCGGACUACCGAGAGAGAAAGAGUCUGAUUGAAAAGGAUGUGAAUCGAACCGAUCGCAACAUGCCGUAUUAUGCGGGUGAUAAUAAUCCGAAUUUGCAAACGCUCUACGAAAUAUUGAUGACGUACGUGAUGUAUAAUUUUGACCUCGGGUAUGUGCAAGGAAUGAGUGAUCUGUUAUCUCCGAUACUGCACUUGUUGGACAAUGAAGUGGGCUUUUGGUGCUUUGUAGGUUUCAUGGAUAAAGUGAGUUCGAAUUUUGACAUUGACCAAGCUGGUAUGAAGGAGCAAUUGGAAAACCUGCACACAUUACUGUCAUUUGUAAAUCCACAAAUGGCUAAUUAUCUGGAUCGACAUGACUCCGGUAAUAUGUUCUUUUGCUUCCGGUGGUUACUGGUGUGGUUCAAACGAGAAUUAUCCGAAGAGGAUGUAAUGCAGCUGUGGGAAGUAUUGUGGACAGGAUUGCCUUGCCAAAACUUCCAUUUGUUAAUAUGCGUAUCAAUACUCGAGGCUGAGAAGACUACAUUAAUGGAGAAUGGUUACGGCUUUACCGAAAUACUAAAACAUAUAAACGACUUGUCCGGUCAAUUAGACAUAAACACACUGCUAAAUCGUGCCGAAGGCAUCUACAACCAAGUCAAAACCGCAGAACAUCUCACAGAUCCCGUUCGUAUCAUCUUGGGACUUCCUAUUUUGAACAAUUCAUCGCCGAACGAUUCUCAAACCGACAGCAUCGGCGGGCCGUGUUCACUCGAAACGCUGAACAUUGCCGAUUCGGAAAUUGGUUAUGAGCAUGCACUGCAAUCAAACUUUCUCUAAUCUUUUGUUGACCAGCGCAUUGAUAUAAUUUAUCACAUAAGUUCACAUAAUCGGUAUUUUUAGUUACAAUACUUGUGUUGUUAAGUAUGUAAUAACAGAUAGUGAUUUUUAUUAACCACAGUAUAUGCACUCAGAAUGCAAAAAUAAGCAAGAUUAUGAUGCUGUUCUUAUUUGUAUAUUUUCUUAAGAAUUGUAUUACUGAUUAACACCUUAUGACUUGCAUAAAAUUGUAUCAUACUUUCUUUCUUUAUUGGUGACUUUACCUUUGUAGCUAUCAAGAUACUUAGGCUAAAAAGAAGUGACAAUGUUAUAAUUUUGUUAUUUUAAGGUAUAUAAAUAUUUUAUAAAGUUA